UGUUGAUUGUGAAUUGAUGUUUCUCCUGAAUUGAGUCAUGUAAUCGCUAUGAAUUUUCUUUAAUAAAGAUGAAAAAAAAAAAAACUUAAAUAAUAAUAAUUACAAAUCUGAUUCAAAUCUAAUAUACAGCUAUGCAUACAUAAGAAAUGUAUUUAUAUUAUUCAUAACAAAUAAUAAAAUAAGAAAAAAACGACAUGGUUUUGUCUCAUAGGAUCUGCUUAUGCACUUAGAAACAUUGCUUAUUAGUUUGAACAUAAGAGAAGAACUUAUUUUCAUCACACUCACUCAUGGAGGGCAUACAGCACAGGACAGUGAAAGCUAAUGGAAUAAAUAUCCACGUAGCGGAGAAAGGUCAAGGCCCACUCAUCCUCUUCUUGCACGGCUUCCCCGAGCUAUGGUACACCUGGCGACACCAGAUCCUUGCUCUAGCUUCCCUUGGCUACCGAGCCAUCGCCCCUGACCUCCGUGGCUACGGCGAUUCAGACGCCCCCGAAUCUCCCGCCAACUACACCUGCCUUCAUAUCGUCGGCGAUCUCAUCGGCCUUCUCGACGCCAUAGCCGCCGAUGAGGACAAGGUUUUCGUUGUAGGUCACGACUGGGGCGCCGUAAUCGCCUGGUACCUUUGCCUCUUUCGCCCUGAUCGAGUCAAAGCUUUGGUCAAUAUGAGCGCGCCCUUUAAUCCCAGGAACCCUAGGAGAAAACCCCUCAGUGCCAUGAGAGCUGUCUGUGGCCACGAUUAUUACAUAUGCAGAUUUCAGGAGAGUGGAAUCAUAGAAGAAGAGUUUGCCCAAAUUGGUACUGAGAAAGUGUUGAAGGAAAUUCUAACGUAUCGAACUCCAGGCCCAUUAUUUUGGCCCAAAGGAAAAGCCUUAGAAUCACCACCGAUUGCUUUGCCUUCUUGGUUAUCAGAAGAAGAUUUUAACUAUUAUGUCACCAAAUAUGACAAGACUGGUUUCACUGGAGGGCUAAACUAUUAUCGAAACAUUGAUCGAAAUUGGGAACUGGUGGCGCCAUGGACAGGGACACAGAUAAAAGUUCCAGUGAAGUUUAUAGUAGGUGAGUUGGACCUGGUUUACAAUUCCUUUAAUGCAAAGGAUUACAUACACAAUGGUGGGUUCAAGAAAGAUGUGCCUUUUCUGCAAGAGCUGAUAAUAAUGGAAGGUGUUGGUCAUUUCAUCAAUGAGGAAAGGCCAAAUGAGAUUACCACACAUAUUUAUGACUUCUUCAAGAAGUUUUGAUUACACAUUUUUAUUUGUUUUUGUAUUCUCAUUGAGUAAUAAACAUUGAUUUUAUGGUUAUUAUGAUUGUAAAUAAGGUUAAAUGGAAGUGAUUGUGUUCUUCUUAAUGAAAAUUUUGACCAUAUGGAUGGAAUUUACAGACAA